AUGGCAUUAGAAUCAUUCCUUGCCGCCUAUCAGCUACAACUUACCCCAGCCAUUGGCAUCGCCAUUACCGUUAUCGUCCUAUAUUGCGUUUUAUCCAAAUCUGGGCAGCAGCCGUUCCCAGGCAUACCCAUUGCCUCGCUCGAAAAAGGCGUGUGGAAAUGUCUUCCGCGACAAUUGAAGCCACCUGAAUUUUUGCGCUAUGGCAACUCUCUCAUGCAAGAAGGGCGGCGCAUGACGACGGGCUGCUUCCAAGUGCAUUCGGGAGCAGGCUUCAAAAUUGUUGUGCCCAAUCGCUUCGCCCACGAAUUGCGUAACCACCCUGGCCUCAGUCUUUCCAAGGGCCAGAAGAAAGAAUUUCCCACGCAGUACGCGGGCUUUGAAGGCAUGCGAGAGGGCCUGCGAGAUGAUAGGUUGAUGCUGGAUGUCAUCAAUGCCAAACUCACGCCGAGUUUAGGGCUUUUGACCGGGCUUCUUGUGCACGAGACCUCGCGUGCGGUCGAACAUACGCUGGGGGAGAAAAGCGACUGGGAGAGCUUCGACAUGAAGGAUAUUUCGAUAGACAUCACCGCCCGCGUGUCGGGACAUGUCUUUGUUGGAGAGCGACUCGCUAGAGACGACAACUGGCUUGCGAUAUCCAAAGAGUAUACGAUACGUAUAUUUGGAAAUGGUGUUGUGCUAAACUUUUUCCCGCCCUUCAUUCGGGCGUUCAUGUAUCAGAUCCUUCCGCCUUGUCGACAAUUGCGAAAGCAGGUUCAGGACGCUCGAAAACUCCUGGAGCCAGCAGCUCAAAAGAUAAUAAACCAACGAAAAGAGGGCGGUAAUAAGGUAGAGAAGUCAAAGGAGAAUGCUUCUAGCAAUUGCUUCGCCUGGAUGCUCGAUGUAGCCAAAGGUAGGCCAUUGGAUUUCACGGGCGGCCAGCUUUUGCUCAGUCUCGCUGCGAUGAACACCACAACCGAGGUAAUAACUCGUUGCCUACUACAAAUUUGUGACACACCAGAAAUACUACAGCCGUUGCGCGGUGAGCUCAUUGAGGUCUUGACAGAAGACGGGUGGACGAGGUCGGCGCUGCAGAAGCUCAGACUGAUGGACUCAUUUCUUCGAGAAGUGCUACGUGUUCACCCGUUAGCUUCGGCGCCCAUGACACGCUAUGUCUCCAAAACCAUGACACUCUCUGACGGAACCACUCUCCCCGCUGGAGGCCUCAUCCUAAUCUCCGAUGACCACACCAGAGGCGCAAGCGCAUUUUCUAAUCCCGAGAGUUUUGAUGUUUACAGAUUCUAUCGUCAACGUGAACAAACUGGCAAAGAAGGCGGGCUGCAUUUCGUCACAACGUCGGCGGAGCACCUCCAGUUCGGUCAUGGUCAACAUGCAUGUCCAGGUCGAUUCUUCGUCUCAGACCAGCUGAAGGUUUUGAUAGCCUUCUAUAUUCUGAAGUAUGAUUUCCGCUAUGAGCCAGGAACAAGUCGACAACCCGUGAUCGAGUAUGAGCAGCAUUUCAUUGCCAAUCCAGCGAAUAAAAUUCAGGCGAAGAGAAGACGAGAGGAAUUAGACUUGCUGAGCCCAAAGGUUUUGUAA